AUGCCCAAGGCACUCCACUUCAAGGGUGACAAGAAGGUCAAGAAGCGCAGAAAAGCUGCCGACCCUUACGACGCCGAUGAGAAGCCCUCGAAGCAGCUUACGACCAGCGCACCUGCCGAAGCCGAGAGCGACGACUCUUGGGUGAGCGCAGAUGCGCCGACAGACAUCUCAGGACCUAUAGUCAUUGUGCUGCCCACCGACUCGCCGAACACGUGCCUGGCAUGCGACGCUAACGGAAAGGUCUUUGCAAGCGAAUUGGAGAACAUAGUCGAGGGCGAUGUCGCGACGGCUGAACCGCACGAUGUGCGCCAGGUCUUCGUCGCGAAUCGCAUCGCUGGCACCGAACAGCUCAGUCUGAAGGGCCAUCACGGAAGAUAUCUGAGCUGCGACAAGUUCGGCGUCCUAAACGCGACCGCGACCGCCAUCUCUCCCGAAGAAACCUUUGUCGUCGUUGCCGUGCCCGACAACCCCUCCGCAUUCUCCCUACAGACUGCCCGCGACAAGUUCCUGACCAUCGAAGAAUCGUCUGGGAAAGCCCCAGAACCACGGGGCGAUGCCGAACACAUAGACUUCAGCACCACUUUCCGCAUACGCAUGCAAGCCCGCUUCAAGCCGCGGCUCAAGGCGAGCAAGGAAGAGAAGGCGAAUGUCAAGAUUAGUCGCAAGGAGCUAGAAGACCAGAUUGGCCGGCGUCUCAACGACGACGAGGUCAAGAAGCUAAGGAAGUCGAGGGUUCAGGGCAACUUCCAUGAGACAGCCUUGGACAUGAAGGUCAAAUCUAGCCACGACAAGUAUGCCAGCAUGUGA